GCUCACAUUAAUAAAUAGUAGUACUAAAGCCAAAAGGACAAUCACAUAAGCAAUUCUUUGUGUCUCUAUUUUUCUUUUUCUUUUUCUUUUUUUCUAUUUGUGUCAGUGUUCAAUUCCUGGACGAAACUUUGUCCAAUGACUGGAGGGGAAGAAACAAGUGUGACACUUGAUCUUCUUAAGAAGAAAAUGGAUGAUUUUGCUAAAGAAAGAGAUUGGGAGAAAUUUCAUAGCCCUAGAAACCUUCUUUUGGCUCUGGUGGGAGAAGUUGGUGAACUGUCAGAAAUAUUUCAGUGGAAAGGAGAAGUUCCAAAGGGUUUACCAGAUUGGAAAGAAAAUGAGAAAUUGCAUCUUGGUGAAGAACUUUCUGAUGUUUUGCUAUACCUUGUUAGGCUUUCUGAUAUUUGUGGCAUUGAUCUUGGCCAAGCUGCUCUUCGUAAAGUGCAACUUAAUGCCAUCAAAUACCCUGUUAAGAAAUCCAAUGAAGAACAAGUUGAUAAUUAAAUAGUAAUAGUCGAGGUGCAUACAAACUGAUCAGUGAAAACGUGAUAUAGUAGCACUUUGGUGCUUUUGUCAUUGGUAGAUUUUGUUUUUAGUACAUGGAAUGUUCGAUGUUGUUUUGAGAUAUGCACUUUUGAUUAAUUUGCUUAUGAGAUGCGCAUAGAUUUUCAGAAUUAUUAUCAGUUUCAGUUUUUAUUA